AAAUUUAAAUACACGAUUUCCGCCAAUCCGCUGCUGGGGGGACGGAUCUGUGUGAGACUCGAUAGUAUAGUUAGUGCGGCCUCGCAGACGGUGACUAAACAGUUGACCGUCCUUCCUCCUUCACUCGUUUACAGCUCGUCUUGCGGUGAACAGAUUAAUCGCAGCCAUGACAAAGGAUCCGAAUAAGCCGAGAGGAAAAACCUCCUCCUACGCUUUCUUUGUGGCGACCUGCCGCGAGGAGCACAAGAAGAAGCACCCAGGGACCAGCGUGAACUUCGCAGAGUUUUCCAAGAAGUGCUCAGAAAGAUGGAAGACCAUGUCCCCCAAGGAGAAGGGAAAGUUUGAAGAGAUGGCCAAGAACGAUAAGGUCCGAUAUGACCGGGAGAUGAAGUCCUACGUGCCACCUAAAGGUGCCAAGAAGGGGAAGAAGAAGAAGGACCCCAACGCCCCCAAAAGGCCCCCCUCCGCUUUCUUCGUCUUCUGCUCCGACCACCGUCCCAAGAUCAAGGAGGAUAACCCUGGGAUCUCCAUCGGCGACAUCGCCAAGAAGCUUGGCGAGAUGUGGGCCACGCAGGGCGCCAAAGACAAGGCCCCCUAUGAGGCUAAAGCCGCCAGACUGAAGGAGAAAUACGAGAAGGACGUUGCUGCCUACAGAGCCAAGGGCGGCUCUGGGAAGAGCGACGCUGGAAAGAAGAGCGGGCCCGGCAGGCCCGCCGCCAAGAAGGCUGUACCGGCUGAUGAUGAUGAUGACGAUGAUGAAGACGAGGAGGAAGAGGAUGAAGAUGACGACGAUGAGGAUGAUGACUAAGUGGUUUCUGUGUUUGAGGAUGUGAAGUUUGCGUUGUUCAGCUUAUGUUUGUUUUUUGGGUUGGACUCGUCCAACGGUAUAGCCUGCUGUCCCUGUCGGUCGGCCUCGCUCGACCUGUACUCCUCUUCUUCUAAUUCAGGGAUUUAGUUUUUAUUGUCCCUUAGUCCCCUUUAAGUUUUAUUUUUGUUUUACAACUGCUGAAGUCGGGUCUGUUACACCUUAGAUCCUGGUUUAAAAAACGUGCAGCCAGAUUAUUUCCUGUGAUGAUGCGAUGAACUGAAACUCCUGUGCAGACGGUGGACAGCAGCCAGCCAGGAAACGUUUUCUUUUCUUUUCUUUGUUUGUUUUUUUUUUUAUUUUAAGAAUGAUUGUUUCUGGAAGCACUGCUCAUGUUUUCUGUUCCAGCGGUGCCGUUUCUUCACUGUCAUUUUACUGCCAGGAUUUAUCUGUAGUUUGGUUAAAAGAAAAAUGUUUGCCGUCAUUUUUAAUGUGGAACUUUGAAAACAUGUAGAACGGAUUUUUCUUUUUGUAAUAAAAUUUUGUAUAUUGCC